ACAAAAUGUCUGUUCUUUCUUUAUUACUCUUCUCUCUCUUCCUCUCUCCCUUCCUUUCUUCUCCGGCGACUGUCUCCGGCGCCAGCUCCGACUAUGAAACAUUCAUAAACUGUCUCUCCGGCAGUGUAAAAAACGCCGGUUCAAUCGUAUACAUCCCACAAAACCCAUCAUAUUCGACCGUCCUUCAAUCCUACAUAAGAAACCUCCGUUUCAAUACCUCAACAACCUCAAAACCCUCCAUCAUCGUCACUCCAAAAACAGAAUCCCAUGUCUCCGCCGCCAUCCUCUGUUCCAAAAAAACCAAACUCAUCGUUAAAAUCAGAAGCGGCGGCCACGAUUACGACGGCCUUUCAUACAUCUCCAAUUCCCCUUUCCUAAUCCUCGACAUGUUCAAUCUCCGAUCAGUUUCCGUCAAUCCGAAAACUCAGACCGCUUGGGUUCAAGCCGGGGCUACACUCGGUGAAGUAUAUUACAGAAUCGCUGCUGUAAGUAACACUCUGGGUUUUCCGGCGGGUGUUUGUCCGACUGUCGGAGUUGGUGGACAUAUUAGCGGAGGUGGGUAUGGUACCAUGUUGAGGAAAUACGGUUUAGCUGUUGAUAACUUACUCGAUGCUAGAAUCGUUGAUGUUAAUGGCCGGAUUCUUGAUCGGAAAGCCAUGGGUGAAGAUCUGUUCUGGGCAAUCAGCGGCGGCGGCGGCGCAAGUUUUGGUGUGGUUUUAGCUUAUCAAAUUAAACUAGUCCCAGUACCAAAAACCGUCACGGUUUUCAGAGUCAUGGACACGAUUGAACAAAACGCAACCGAUUUGGUUUACAAAUUUCAAACAAUGGCUCCAACUACAGACAAUGAUUUGUUCAUCAGAAUGCUUCUUCAACCCGUUAGUUCAAAGAUUAAGAAAGGUACAAAAACAGUCAGGGCAUCAUUCAUUGCAAUGUUCCUCGGAGAUUCAAACAGAUUGUUAACAAUCAUGAACAAAGAUUUCCCUGAAUUGGGUGUUAAGAAAUCCGAUUGUUUCGAAAUGAACUGGAUCAGAUCUAUAAUGUACUGGGCAAACUUCGACAACACAACAUCAAUCGACAAAUUACUCAGCCGGAAAUACGAUUCAAAUUACCUUAAACGUAAAUCAGAUUACAUUCAAACCCCUAUUCCAAAAUCAAGUCUUGAAUUAAUCUGGAAAAAGAUGAUUGAAUUAAACAAACCCGGAUUUGUAUUCAACCCAUACGGCGGUCGUAUGAACGAGAUCUCUUCAUCGGCGAAACCAUUUCCUCACCGUGCCGGAAACUUGUUCAAAAUUCAGUAUUCAGUGAACUGGGACGACAGCGCAAUCGAAUCGGAGACCCAACAUUUGAACGAGGUUAGAAGUUUGUACAGUUUCAUGGAGCCGUAUGUUUCGAAGAAUCCAAGAGGGGCGUUUUUGAAUUAUAGGGAUGUGGAUAUUGGAGUGAAUACGUUUGGGAAGAACAGUUACGAUGAAGGAAAGGUUUAUGGUGAGAAAUAUUUUAUGGGUAAUUUUGAUCGGCUGGUGAAGGUGAAGACGGCGGUGGAUUCCGGUAACUUUUUCAGGAAUGAACAGAGUAUUCCGGUGAUCGCCGGCGGCGGGAAUGGAAAAAAAAAGUUGAGAUAGAGAGAGAAGUUUUAUUUUUUACUAUGAUAUUAUUAUUCUUAUUAUUGCCAGUAAUUUAGUAAUUUUCGAUUUAAUAAAUAUUUACUAUUACUGUGUGAC